UUGUCUAUUCACAAUAAAAACAGCCGUUUGUGACAUAACCUUUUCGGUAGUUUCAUAAAAAUAUCAACAGCACAGAAUAAAAAUGAUACGAAAUUUUUCUACUUUAAGCCGCAUCACCCUAAGACACAAACCGACAGUAACGAAUAUAUUCUCAACAAGAAAAUCUAGUUCAAGAAGCGUAUACGAACCAGAUUAUUUAGAUUCACUGAAACCGAAAUAUCCACAAUUUGAAUGUCUGAACGUUCAAAUAAAAGGCUAUGAUUAUCCCUUGUUGGAAAGUUAUCAAAGAUAUUUACACAGUCUCACAGAAUAUUUAGACAUUGAUGUAUCCGAUUGCUAUGCGUUACCGCCACAACACACGAAAGUCCACCGUCUGCGACCGAAUUCAGCUGUGGUAGAAGCUGAAUACCGUUUAACACUUUAUGAGCGUAAUUUACAAUUAAAUUAUGUGGACUCUCCUUUAUAUCCAACAUUCUUGCGCUUAGCCCAAGCAGCUUUACCGGAAGGUGUGCAAUUACAAAUUAAUGAACACACGGAUGAGAUGGAAGAAAGACGUUAUGUGCCUGAUAAGGAUUUGUUAGAGCUAAAAGCAGAACUUGAACGUAUACAAGCUUUGAAAAAUAAAAAAUGAGUGUUGGCGUUAACAAUGUGAAUAAAAUAGUUUUAAUUUGUUAUAGUAAAUGUUUUAUUAAUAUACUAUAAUAUUAAAAAUACACUUAAAUCAAUUUACAAUUAACUGGAAUGUACUAUUUAAAGCUUUACUAACGGACGGCAUACAUUUAACCUAAUACGAUUGUUUUAUGUUUUAAGUAAUUUGCUUAUCUGGAAGACAACAUCUUGUAUAACUUGUAUUUAAAUAGUAAAUACAAUUGCACUUGUAAAUGAAACAAAACCUUAACACGGACAUAGUACGAUUUACUAAAUUUUGUGACCAUUUGUUUGACUAAAAGUAUUUACUGAGAUGUGGACCAAUUGUGAUUCUAUAGUAAAAUAUAUUAGAAUGAAAAAACAUAAUUUUUGACUUUAAUGUUUUAAUGCAACUGUGACUCCAAUACUUUUUUUAACUCUACAAGAAAGGCAUUUGGUCAAGUGUUUAUAUUUGCAAAUCAUUUUCAAUUGAUUUAUAAUGUCUGUUUUGACGAAAGAAAAUAAAUUCUUAAUAUAAACUAUUAUUUUUAAUAUGGAGGUUUUUAUGGAACCUUUCUAUAGAGAGGUUUCGUUUUAGUAGUGAAAUUGCAACAAUAAUAUUUUUUAUUAUUUUUAAUUCAUUGAAUUCAAAUACCCAUCAUCAUAAACUAUUUUAUUUUAAUUGCUACAUAGAUCUUUCCGGGCUACGACACCAACAACAAUAUACUAAAUUUCGAGUAAAAAGCUCUAAAUUCCGUACGAAUUGUUAAAACAUUUAGAAUUGCCGUUUGCUUAUUAAUAUAAUAAAAUAUAUUGUACUUUUAAACCAGUGAUGCCAUUUCUUUACUAUAAGGACGAUGUUCGAUUCGUUUAUCUUACGAAUCAUUAGAGAGGUGUUUGAUGGGCUUAUGAAAUUCAAAAAA